ACAAAUCUAUUCAUCAAGUUUCAGCUAUUAGUCUUGUAUAACUUCUUUUCAACACGACUAAGCGCCAAAUUCUGAGGCUCAAUCGCUGAUAUGUGGCCCCAUGCAAUUAUAAUUCUUGCAUUAGGCAUUCUCACGCAAGUCUCGGCAUUGCCAGCUGCUGGUCCAUGGCAAAUUGUCGCCUUUUGGUACGCUUACCGAAUCAACAUUGAAGCGUUCGGCUUGGACAAAAAUCCAAUCGCCCCAGGCUGUCGGGGAAGUCUUUUAGAUGGUAGCUGCACCUUGGCCGAGUUCGCAGAAUACACGAGGUGGAAAACCAAGAACGGAAUACCGUUUCCAACAGGGCUACUAGGAGCUGACCUAACGCCAAAUCCCUUGGGCGCUGUCCAGGCGAUCCAAAAUUCGGGAUACAAAACAGGUCAGAUCAUGGACAUUUACACGGUCCUCCCGGGCGACUACCCAAAUCGAGACAUGGGCAGAAUGCCAAACUUGGCAGAUCCGAUAAAAUUACUCAACGAAUACGUGUACAAAGCUCGCGUUUACAUGGGCAAUACCCUGGGGUUUACACAAGAGUCUUUUGACAGCUUGCCCGAAUUCCAGAAUCUGAAAAUUGCAGUUCGCGGAGUUUCAGAGGCGCGCAGGGCAGAUUUCAACUCCAGAAAUCUGUCCACACUUAUGGAUAAGCUGCGGGGAGAUCAAAUUACUCCGGUCCUCAAGACAGUCAUCGCAGUCGACUCCACAACGUUCGACGAACUCGACACAGCUUUGACCAUAAGUGGAGCCGACCCUAACAUUGACGCUGAAACCAUUGUAAAUAAGAUUGUUGCCGUAGUAAUGGGGGCUCAAUCGCUUGAUCCCGGGACUGUAAAACAUUUCAAUGUUAUCGCUCAGCUGGACAAAUGGACAAGCGAUCUUAGCUUAGCCGUCAAGUGUUGAUAUUUUUAUGUGGUUAGUGAAGUGGUUAGUGAAGUGGCAGCAUAUAAUACUGAGUGUAAUAUACAAAUAUUUUAGAUGAUAUUUGUGUUUAUAAUCUAUUUGUUCAAU